AGGACUGAGAGUCUUAUCCAAGACUCUAGUUGUGGUUGUGGUUCACCUCCACAGACCUAGAAUCAUGCUUUUUCCCCUACCUGGACAAUUGCCUCAUCAAGGGAAAUUCCUAUGGCAAGACACUUCAGGUUACCCAUUUUGCCAUCUCCCUGUUUCACAGCCUAGGCCUCCAAAUAAACAUCCAGAAAUCCGCCCUGACACCUACACAAUGGAUCGAGUUCAUUGGAGCUCAUUUUGACUUAGUCCGAAGCAGAGCAUUGCUCCCAUGUCACAGAUUCCUCACUAUCACGCAGCUCAGACGCAAACUCUCUAUUCAUCCCAGGACACAGGCAAGAAUCUGUCUACAGCUUCUUGGUCACAUGGCAGCCACCACCUUCGUGGUCCAGCAUGCCAGGCUACACAUGAGAUGUCUUCAGGGCUGGCUCAACUACAACUUCAAACCCAACAGACAGACCUUAGGGAUCCUGCUAACUCCUUCUCCCAAUGUUCUAGCUUCCCUACGCUGGUGGACAAGACCAGAAAACCUCUGCAUGGGCGUUCCCUUCCAGCAAUGAUCCCCAAUGCUCAUGCUCACCACGGACGCUUCCCUAAUUGGCUGGGGAGCGCAUCUAGGGAGACACAGGGCACAAGGCCGGUGGUCCGCAUCAGAGAUGCGCCUACACAUAAAUCUCUUCGAGCUCAGAGCAGUGUGACGAGCAUGCCUUCACUUUCUUCCCCUCAUAAAGAGCAAAUCUAUUCUGGUCUUAACAGACAACAUAGCAUGUAUGUUUUACAUCAACAGAUAAGGGGGAGCCCAAUCACAUUCCCUAUGCAUGGAAGCCAUCCCGAUAUGGAAUUGGUGCACACAACAUCAAAUACAAAUCAUUGCCUCAUACCUACCUGGCUGCCACAAUACUACGGCCGAUGCAGUCAGCAGGCACUUUUCGACAGAACACAAAUGGGAACUGCACCCCGCAAUACUUCAACAGCUCUUCUCCCUUUGGGGCACCCCAUCAAUAGACCUCUUUGCCACAACCCAGAAUCGAAAAUGUCACCUGUUUUGCUCCAGAGCGGGACUCAGGACUGCAUCCCUAGGAGACGCAUUCCUCAUCCUGUGGAACAACUCUCUUCUGUUCGCCUUCCCACCAAUCCCUCUGCUACACAGGGUUCUUUGGAAGAUCAUAGACGAUAAUGCACGGGUCAUACUUAGUGCCCCGGCUUGGCCCAGACAGUCGUGGUAUUCUUACCUACUCCGCAUGUCCUCCCGUC